ACGCGUGCAAACUAUAUGUGGUUGCCAAUUAGAGAUUUCAGUCUGAAACCUACAUGAUCUGAUGACCCCUUAUCAACAAAUUUGUCAAAUACCUAUCUUUUCACCCUACUUGAACCCAAGGUGUUUGAAAAAAAGGCAUACAUAUAAUUGUUUAUGCAGUUUUUCAUGCCACAAAAUCUGAUAACGAAUUGGAAGAUACCUGGAGAGAGAUAGAGAGAGAGAGAGAGAGAGCUAUUUGAGGAAAGGAAAUCAAAAUCUGUCUCAGAGAGCCUUGUUUCCUUCUUUCGAAAUUUAGGCCUGCAUAUACAAAUCUUAGAUUACAUGCAUUUUAUAUAAACGAUGGAAGACGAUGCUACACUUACUUUUGUCGUUUUUAUAGAUUUUUUUGCCAUGUAAAACUGUAUUUGCUUGUAACCUUUUAAAAGUAUCUCCUAUAAGUUACUAAAAGUAUUCAUUAACUUUUUGUUCCAACAGUUGCUUGUUUAACUUACCUCUAAACGUUUUUCACUCAUUAAAUUUUUCUUUAGCGCUACCAUGUCACAGCUAUGUUCACUACAGGUAAUUCUGUUCCCACAUCAAUAUUCGAAUUUGUGCCCAGAAGUUUAGAUGAAACAACAUGUAUCAGUGUUUUAGAACUGCAUGCGACUAACAUUGUAAUUCGUUAAAAUCAACAGUUAUAUGAAGUGGAGCGCUGAGAAAACUAAUGCAGAUUUGUGAGAAAUGUCCAAAAAUGUUGAGUUUCAAAUCAACUAACCAUAAAAAGCAAAUGCAAGAGUAGGUGUUAUCCUUUGACUUGUGCUUACCAAAUUCAUGUACUAUAUAUUAUAUCUUCCUUCUCAAAUCUUCGCUGGGACUUCAGUCACUGUCUCUCUGUGUGUCUGUUGUCUUCUUGUUGCAGUUCUGUCCACGCAUCACACUUCCCUUUUGCAUCCUCAAACUUGAUACUACUCAUGGCAUGUGUUUUCCUCAGCGUGAUACACUCUUGAAGGAAUCGAAAGGCCAAAAUCAAAACUUUCUUCAAUGAACACCUUAUUCCUCAUACCCUCUAUCCUUCUCCUUCUCCUUCUCACACCCUUCUCAGUUUCAUUCUCCCCCACAGAUAACUUCCUUCUCAGUUGUGGAUCACACAACAAUGUUUCCCUCUUCAACAGAGUCUUCACGGGCGAUUCCACCAACCCAAGUUCCAAUUUUCUCUCUUCAGGUGAUUCUGUUUCACUCGCAUAUCAAAAGCCACCUCAGAAUUUGCCCACUUUGUACCACACAGCAAGAGUUUUCAGCAGAGGUGGGAGCUACAGGUUCAAUAUGAAGAAAAACGGCACCCACUUUGUUCGUUUUCAUUUCUCCCCCUUCAAGGCUCAAAGUUUUGAUCUAAAAUCAGCAAACUUUAGUGUCUUUGUUAAUGGGGCUUCGGUGCUGAGCAAUUUCCAGCCACCUAAUGAUGUUCUUCUCAAAGAGUUCAUUCUAAACAUAGAGUCAAACAUUCUUGAGAUUUUGUUUAGGCCUGUUGCUGACUCAGGUUUUGCCUUUGUCAAUGCUUUGGAGGUGUUUACUGCCCCUGUGGAUUUUAUCAUAGAUUUUGGAGCCAGGGCAGUUGGUCCUUCUGGGGUGGAAGAGUACCGAAACCUUUCAUCUAUGGUUUUGGAAACUGUUCAUAGGAUCAAUGUUGGGGGUUUGAAAAUAACUCCUUUCAAUGACACCCUUUGGAGGACUUGGAUUCCUGAUGAGGAUUAUUUGGUGUUUAAGGGUGCAGCAAAGCCUGCAGUGAGCACUCACAUACCAAAUUACCAGAAGGGAGGUGCAACUAGAGAGAUUGCACCUGAAAAUGUUUACAUGACUGCUCAGCAGAUGAAUAGGGAAAACUCAAGUUUGGCUUCUAGGUUCAACAUAACCUGGAACUUCCCUGUGUCUCCUGGUGGUGUUCCACACUUGGUUCGAUUGCAUUUCUGCGAUAUUGUUAGUCCUGCUCUCAACUUGCUCUACUUUGAUGUGUACAUCAAUGGGUACAUUGCAUACAAGGAUCUUGAUUUGUCAGCGCUUACCAUCCACACUCUUGCAUCACCUGUCUAUGUGGAUUUUGUUACAAAUUCAGAUGACUCGGGUUUUGUUCAAGUGAGUGUUGGUCCUUCUGAGCUAAGCAGUUCCAUAAGGAUGAAUGCAAUAUUGAAUGGUGCAGAGAUAAUGGAGAUGCUCAAUGAUGUCCGUACUAAAGUUGUGCAUAGGAGGAAGAAUUUGUGGGUGUUGGUGGGUUCAGUUGUUGGAGGAAUUGCUGUCUUUUUUUUAGUUGUAACUGCUUUUCUACUUGGUACCAAAUGCAGGAACAAGAAACCAAAACAAAGGACAUUGGAAAGUGUUGGAUGGACACCUUUAAGCAUGUUUGGAGGGAGUUCACUCAGUAGAAGCUCCGAGCCUGGUUCACACGGACUUCUUGGCUUGAAGAUUCCUUUUGCUGAAAUAAAAUCGGCAACAAACAACUUCGAUAGAAAUUUGAUUAUAGGGUCUGGUGGGUUUGGUAUGGUCUACAAAGGAGUGUUCAGAGACAAUACGAAGGUUGCUGUCAAGAGAGGCAUGCCAGGGUCCAGACAAGGCCUUCCCGAGUUCCAAACUGAGAUAACUGUUUUGUCCAAAAUUCGCCAUCGCCACCUUGUUUCACUGGUUGGUUUCUGUGAAGAAAAUUCAGAAAUGAUACUUGUCUAUGAGUAUGUUGAAAAGGGUCCGCUGAAGAAGCAUUUAUAUGGCUCAUCACGACAAACACCUCUCUCUUGGAAGCAGCGUCUUGAAAUAUGCAUUGGUGCAGCCAGAGGUCUUCACUAUCUUCACACUGGCUUUGCUCAAGGAAUCAUCCACCGUGACAUUAAAUCAACCAACAUAUUGCUUGAUGAAGACUACGUGGCCAAGGUUGCUGACUUUGGUCUUUCAAGGUCAGGACCAUGCAUCGAUGAAACACAUGUGAGUACUAAUGUGAAAGGUAGUUUUGGUUAUCUUGAUCCUGAGUAUUACCGGAGACAGCAGCUUACGGAUAAGUCAGAUGUUUAUUCAUUUGGUGUAGUGCUUUUUGAGGUUCUUUGUGGCAGACCUGCUGUUGAUCCACAAUUAGCAAGAGAACAGGUCAAUUUGGCAGAAUGGGCACUUGAAUGGCUGAAGAAAGGCAUGCUGGACAAAAUUGUUGACCCCCAUCUUGUUGGACAAAUCCAACAAGAAUCCUUAAAAAAAUUUUGUGAAACUGCAGAGAAGUGUUUGUCUGAGUAUGGAGUCGAUAGACCAGCUAUGGGUGAUGUCUUAUGGAAUUUGGAGCAUGCACUUCAGCUCCAAGAAAGUGGACAACAAAGGGAACCACAUGCCAACAGCAGUGCUAGUGAAGCUGCAAGUUUGACCAGUACAGUUAUUCCUGGAAAUCCUUCUACCAACACAGGAGCAGAGAGGGAUUAUGAUAAUUUUUCUUCUGAUGUUAGUACUAGCCAAGUGUUUUCCCAGCUAAUGAACAACGAAGGUAGAUAGGUGUAUGGUGCAAAUAUAAGCAAGAGGUAUUAUAGCAGUACCCUAAGGUUGCAUACUUUUUUGUUUUCUGUCAAGUUUUCUUUUGAAAAAAAUUGCACCAAAACCAAUUAGCAAGAUUUAUUCAUGGAAGGCUCCUUAUAUAGCACUAGUUCAUUCAUAUUUUCUUACAAAUGUUGGAAUAUCUUCUUGUCUGAUAUUUAGAGAUUGCUUAAAAUUUUUGUAGUAUAAAUUAUUCAUUAAUUUUAUACAGCAAUUCUGUCUUUGUUCUA